AUGGCACGCGACAUCAAGAUUCCCUACAUUGAAACGCCGCUUGUCAAGUCGGCCAGCUUAUCCCGCGCCGCCGGCUGCAAUGUCUACCUCAAGCUGGAAAACCUGCAGCCGUCUGGAUCCUUCAAGUCGCGCGGCAUCGGCCACUUCAUGGUCGAGCAGCUCAAGGCGCUCCGCGCGCAGCCCGGCGCGUCGUCGGCCUCUGCUGCGCACUUUUACUGCUCGUCGGGCGGCAACGCCGGGCUCGCGUGCGUGCACGCCGCGCUGACGCUCGGGUGUCUGGCGACGGUGGUGGUGCCGCUGUCGACGACGGAAUUCAUGAUUGGCAAGCUGCGCGAGGCGGGCGCGAGCGACGUGCUGCAGGUGGGCGCGUCGUGGCAAGAGGCCGACGAUCAUCUGACGGGCACGCUGAUGCCGGCGGCGCGCGCGGCGGGCGAGGCGCCCGUGUACGUGCCGCCGUUUGACGCGCAGGGCAUCUGGGACGGCAACGCGGGCAUCACGCGGGAACUGCUGCGGCAGCUGGGAACCGUCGUCAACCACUACCCGGUGACGUCGCCGGCGGCCGAGGGCUUGUCGGAGAUGUCGCCGCCCAACAUUGACGCCAUUGUGUGCAGCGUCGGCGGCGGCGGCUUGUUUUCCGGCAUCAUGCAGGGCGUCGAGGAGUUUGGCGUGCAGCACCGCACGCGCGUGGUGGCCGUCGAGACCGAAGGCGCCGACUCGCUGCACCAGGCGGUGCAGCGCAUGGAGCCGGUCACGCUGCCGGCUAUUACGAGUCUGGCGACGAGCCUAGGCGCGCGCCGCGUCUGCAGACAGGCGUUUGAGUACGGUCUCCGCGACAAUGUGUCGACGGCGGUGCUGUCCGACGCCGAAGCCAUUCGCGCGUGUCGGCGGUUCGCGGAUGAGGAGCACUUUGUGGUGGAGCUGGCGUGCGGCGUGUGCCCGGCGCUCAUCUACAACGGGCAGAUCAAAGACCACAUUCCCGGCUUCAAUGAGAACUCGACGGUGGUGAUUGUGGUGUGCGGCGGAAGCAACAUGUCGUAUGAGAUUAUGGACAAGUACACGGCUGGACUGGAAUAG